CAAACGGGAAGGCAGGAAGGAAGACAGCAAGCAGCAUCAUCAGCAAACGGCGGAAGCAGCAUCACCCUGAUACAGCCGACGGCGGAUUAAAGAUUUUGGCAGUGAGAUAAGCUGGCACUUAUUGAAUCGUAAGCCGUGCAAAGUACACUCUUCUGUUUUGAGUUUUUCCAAGGAAUGAAAAACGAUACAAUGAUUUCGCAAGUUUUUUGACGAAAGCCUGGUAGAUGGUAAGCGCCGGGACCCGCCCACUUUUGAAUGUUGUCAGGUGAAAUUUUGGUCGGAUCACCAUUGAGCGUGGUGCUACUACCGCCACCCUCAUUAAUUGAAUUUUGUAGAACUAUGGCGGCUAUCGCCACGCUCGCCAAUCAGCAAAAUAUCGAUGAUGACGACAUUUUCCUAGAGAACGGCUUGCUAAGCUACGAAAAUCCCAACUACCACAUGGAUCCUCUGCGGAUGGAGCGCAACUCGCAUCUGUACGAGGAGAUCAUCUCUGAGCUGCAACAGCAGGGAACGCUGCGGCCGGCGGGCGCGGUGAACCUGGUCGCGCGCGAUCCAAACCGGAAGGGCUACCUGGACAUUCGGGACACGAUGGGCGUGGGCGUGGACGGGCCGAAGGAGGUCGAUGGCUCCCCAAAGCAUAAGCAAAAGAUGCUGGACGGCUCCCCUGGCGCCGAAUCGGAAACACAAAAGGACCAAAACUCGGAAAAGGGUGAAAAAACCGAUCAACAGGAACAUCAGGUGCAGGAAAAUGGCGCCGAGAUCAAACACAUCGCCGGAACGCUAAACGCGGACGAUCUGUACGCGUUGCCAAACAAAAAGAAACAGGAAGUGGGCGAGGUUCCAUCGGAGGACGACGACGUGGACGGGGACGAGGAGGACAAACAGGAGGACAUCGAUGCCAUCGAGGACAAGGACAAAACGAACGAUCUGCCACCGGGAUGGGAAAAGCACGAAGACAAUGGCGGCCCGUACUACUGGCACAUCAAAUCGGGAACAAUCCAACGGGAGCCACCGGUGUGGCCCAAAGAACCACCGACGACGCAAGAGCUUACGAAAACGAACGCAACGGCGGCGGUGGCGCCGACGCCACGCUGCAUACAGAACUCGAUGUUCUCGCAAACGCUGGUCAACCUGUACGGCACGCCCAAGCCCGAGUCCAGCUCAACGUCCUCGAGCAGCGGUCGGCUGCACGAAAGUAUCACAUCCGUCACACGAAGCAGCACUAGCUCGGCACUGGACCAGGAGGACGAACGCCGAAGGAGGGAGGAAAUUGCACUGAAACGACGAAGUUUCCCACUCAAAUCGGACACGGACCGGUCGAUUCGGUUCGCGGUGCGAUCGCUCGGCUGGGUCGAGAUCGCCGAGGAGGACCUGACGCCGGAGCGGUCUUCGAAGGCGGUCAACAAGUGCAUCGUGGACCUGUCGCUGGGCCGGAACGAGCUGCUGGACGUGGUCGGGCGGUGGGGUGAUGGCAAGGACCUGUUCAUGGACCUAGACGAUGGUGCUUUAAAGUUAAUCGAUCCGGAAUCGCUGACAAUACUGAACUCGCAACCGAUCCACACGAUACGCGUGUGGGGCGUCGGACGGGACAACGGCAGAGAAAGAGAUUUCGCUUACGUGGCCCGAGAUCGGCUCACCCGGAUCCACAUGUGUCACGUGUUCCGAUGUGAUACCGCCGCCAGGAUUAUCGCCAAUACGUUGAGAGACAUCUGCAAACGGAUAAUGAUCGAGCGGUCCCUCCAGAUCGAUGCGAACAGUUCCAGCUCGAGCAGUUCGCGCUGUGCAAUUCGUCCCACUGAUCUGCCGACCGAGAAUCGACGAUGGAUACGGCACCCAUCCUUCCCGACGCCCAUGGAGGAGCCGAAAAAGGUGCUCAAAGCCAUGUACGUGGGCGCCAUCGAGGUGAACCAACCGACGGGGAUGGAGGUGCUGAACGAGGCCAUCGACAAGAUCGUCUCGACCAACCCGAUCGAAAACUGGGACAACGUGAACGUGUCGGUGGCGCCCAGCAUGAUCAGCGUCAACAGUUCGGACCCCGAUGCGCGCCUCCUCUGCGAGUGCCGGGUACGCUACCUUAGCUUUCUGGGCAUCGGCAAGAACAUCCGGAACUGUGCGUUCAUCAUGCACACCGCUCAGGACAAGUUCGUGGCGCACGUGUUCUGCUGCGAACCAACGAGCGGAGCGCUGUGCAAAACCGUGGAGGCCGCCUGCAAGCUCCGGUACCAAAAGUGUCUGGACGUCCAUCCGGAGGGCAGUGGGCGCUACUCGGCGGACUCGCACACCCCGGGAAAGGGCAUCGGAGCGACGCUAAAAAACUUGAUGAGCUCGUUCUCGCUUAAAAAGGACAAGGCCAGCUCCUGAGAACGAGCCAAAUCACUGCAG